AUGGCCGCCAGCUCGAGGACUUCUGGGAUCGCGGGAAUCGGCAAGCGAGUCGUCUCUCAGAUCUGGAGCCCCAACUGCCCCCUCCCCCUGCCUCCUCUCUUCCCCUCAGUGUGGAGAACCCUCUUCAUAAUCUCUCCACAGAAGUCAGUUAAGAUGUUCCGGCUAUUGCGGAGAGCUGCUCACACAUCCGUGUAUGACAAGAACCCUGAGGAUCAAGCCACAGCAACCGUGGUCCCCGAUGAAGUGAUCAAGGCUCCAUCCGACAAGUACUGGGCUCCACACCCCAAGACCGGGGUGUUUGGGCCCGAGACUGACCUUCACCUUCGAGCCCACGGUGAGCUUCCCAAGCCUGGGAAUGCGGAGAACUCGGUGCUGGAGCACACGGCUUGGUUCCGCCCCACUAGCCUCGAGGAUCUCGAGAAGCCUUCCCACCAUUAA